CAGGCCCGCAGCCCGCAUUGCACAGGUUGAGCGCGCCCGAGCCUGGUUGACUUUGACCGGUUUGCGAGUCCCGACCGUAUCGGCGUGACCUCUGGCGGUCUCUCCACGCGCGACGAGGAAGGUUCGGGAAUCCCCUUCUCCCUUCGCCCUCGUCUUAUAUUACUCCCCGCCAAACCAAAGCACAGAACAUCCUAGUUUCCAUCGAGGAGGGCGGCAAAGGGGAUCCAGGGCGACCAUGGCUUACGUCGAGAGAGGUGUUGUGAAAGACAAGCGGACUAUAUGGCGACUGAGCAUAAUCUCUGACUUCUUUCGAGCUGUUGUGAACUUCAUCAGAAUCUUCUUUCAAACAAUGUUCUCAGUGGAAAAAACAGACAACUACAGGAAAGGAUAUGGUUCUGGUAAGAAAUGGGAUGGUGGACCCGGUGGUGGUGGACGCGGCCCAUAUGGCGGCGGAGGUGGCGGCGGCGGUGGAGGCUUUGGCGGCGGCGGUUCACGUGGUCCUCGCACGAUAUCUGACAUUCGAUCCAAUGACCACAGUUCUCUCCCUGCUUGUGGAUCCUGCUGUGGCUAAUAAGCGCACAACCAUUCUGCCUGAUGACUGUUUAACGGAUGAAUACACAUGCUCCUACAUGCUCUGAAGGGCAUCAUAGCUAUUGAUAUGUAUUUCACUAUCGACAGAGUAUAGUCAGUGUGUUGUUUUAAACAGUCCACUCUGUAGCUUGACUCUGGCAUGAUUCGCAUAGUACAUUCGUGGUUUAUCUUACGUGUAAUGAUGUCUGAUGCAUAACAAUACCAAUUACCAAGCUUGAUAAAGUGUCUCAUUCACUGCGUUGUGUGAUUAA